GCAGGAGUUCAAAACCUUUACAACAGCUGACUAGAAUCGAUCCCUUUUAGCGUGCUCCAAUGGGAGAUCGAAGACAAAUUGUCACAUUCCUGAGGGCUGGGUACUCUUUGUUGUUAACGUUUUUGGCAGAGUUUUGGCGCUCUGACUCAGCGAAGCACUCAGCGCAAACAGUGCAAUGGUAACAAAUAAAGUGGACAGUGAAGCUUCCCUUUAUUUCGUAAUCCUGUUUGCUGUUCUAGAAACGGCCAAUAGUUUCAGAAUCACUGACUCAAUUUUUGGAUCCCAUUCUCAUGACAAAGCGACUGUCUGGUUUAUAACAAGUCUGUUAUAAAAAGGGGGCCUCCGCUUCUGGCUCUGCGUAGCGGCUCCUGUGAUUCCUUCAGCAUCUGGGGAGCUGCACUAAAAUCAAAAAUGUCCAAAACUGGAACCAAGGUAUGUUUGCUAGAAUAAUUUGCUUCCAGACAUUACAAACUUGAAAGAGGUGGAGCAUAAUAAGCAGCUCUCGUUUGCAGAUGUGGGAGAAAUGUAGACGGAGCCUAGGGCUAACGCAGUAGAUUUUCAUAGGAGCAGGAGAAGCUAGGAAGGAGUUCAAACCAGCGGACAAAUGCUUGUAUUUCAAGAACAGCAGUGGCUUUCCCUCUCUGUCACUCAGCUUUUCAAACCAAACUUGGUCAAACAGAGAAAAUGACAGGGCUGUACUGUUGACAAAGUGCAUCUCCUGUACCUUGAAUAUUUGACAUCAGAGAAGCUGCUCUCAGGUGAGUAGAAUCUUGCCUCAUGCUCCCCUUGGUGACUGCGAGUGGCGGGUGCCAGUGUCAACCUGGAAGCCAACAAUUGAAACUAUAGCACUGGACUUCUUAAAGUUAAGAGCAGCAUGCUCUCUAACUCCAGUGGGGAGGUAAGAGUGUGCCUGAUGGUUUGGACACCUGGGUUAUCUUCUUUGGCUCUGGCUCUGCCUCACUGGAUAAGGACUAGUCAUGUAGAACCUCUUGCGACUACUGUUGAGCUGUUUCUUAUACAUGUUUUUCUUAUACGUGUCUUUCUUUAUGUAAGAGACAUAAUGUGAAUUACCAUGCAAGUAUGCACUGAUGCAAGGCAUGAUGUUUGUAUUAUCGGCUCCUCUUUUUGAGUCUUGGCACAGUACAAGUGUGAUGCACAGACCUCUAAGCCCCGAUCCUGGAAGAACCUGUAGAACACAUUUUAGGAUUGGGGCCUCAAAGUGGGGCAAGAAGUUUGGUCUGAGAGCAGGGAGGAACUCCCUUCUAUUGACAAGGGAAUAACUAUAGUGUCUGGCCAGAAGAGCAUUGCUUUAUUAGAUGUAAGUGUGGCACUAUGUAUGACAAACAGCAGGGGUGGAGGGCCAGUGCCGACAGAUGGGACAGUACUUGCCUAUGCAAAGAACAAAUGUUUCCUUGCUGCCUCAUUAACCUAUUUUCUCACUGCUUGUUUUCAUCUUAAAUUCCCCAGUAGUCGCAUAUACUGCAUGGUGCCUGUUCCCAUUUCUUGAGUCAUGGUACCAUGUUGUCAUGUCUUGUCUUUGUCCAUUAAAAUACUAUAUUUUAGUAAAGUGAAAUUUGUGAAUUGUGCUCAGUUUCCUUGCUCCGUCAUCAGUUUACAUUAAUGACUCUUGAUUUGUCUGGUUAGACAGACUGAACAAGUGAUUUUUUUUUUUUUUUUUUUCUCCUUAUGGCCAUUUCCCUACCAUCCUUCAAAUACAAAGACAAGAACACCUUAAAGUUGUACCCGCAGGAAAUGAGUGGACUUAAAGGGCAGCAUGUUUUAUUCUGAGAGAAAGAGAAUGCUUUUGGGAACCUAUAAGGAAUAUCCUUUUCCCAAACCCAAUUUCCUACUUGUUUCACCCUGGCUUACAAAGGGAAAGUUCUUUUCAUGUAGACUUGCACCCACUUCAGGCUGGGAACAGAAGUUCACAUGUAUUUCUUCUCAGUCUUAUUGCAAGCAAAGUGGUUCAAGUAUAAGUUCAAAUUUCCCCCUCAAAAGCUAAGUUUGGGGGGUCUAAAUUACAUUAGUCUCCUUUAGUCGUCAUAUUUAGAGUUGCCUACUUAUGUAUAGGCAGUACUUGGGAAGUUAUGGUCUUGUAAAAAUACUGUGGUUUUGAGUAAUGAUUCUUCCCCCAGUUAUGUACAUUCCUCCCUGCACACACACUUGCACAUUGACUCUUAGCACUUCUCCUACAGUAACUGUUGGUUGGGUGCCUCUCUUCCAACAACUGUUGACUGAGAAUAUUGACUACACACACGUGUGUGUAUUGACUCUUAGUGCAUCUCUUCCAAUGACCAUUGACUUUGCCUUGGUUGGGUUUCAGGUCACCUUCUAUGAAGACAAGAACUUCCAGGGCCGUCGCUAUGAGUGUGAGAGCGACUGCUCUGAUUUCCACACCUACUUGAGCCGCUGCAACUCCAUCCGAGUUCAAGGAGGUGCCUGGGUGGUUUACGAGAGGCCUAACUUUUCAGGGAACACCUAUGUUCUGACCCCAGGAGAGUAUCCAGACUACCAACAUUGGAUGGGUCUCAAUGACCGUCUCAGCUCCUGCAAGGCCAUUCAGAUACCCAGUGGAGGCCAGAGCCAGAUCCAGAUUUUUGAGAAGGGAGACUUUGGUGGGCAGAUGUUUGAAUCUACUGAAGACUGCUCUUCCGUCAUGGAUGAGUUCCACAUGCGGGAAAUCCAUGCGUGCAAAGUGCUGGGGGGCGUCUGGGUCUUCUACGAGCACCCCAACUUCCGUGGCAGGCAGUACCUCCUGGAGAAAGGCGAGUACCGCAAACCUGUGGAAUGGGGAGCCGUGUCCCCUGCUGUCCAGUCCUUCCGUUGCAUUGUGGAGUGAAGGGCAGAGGAGCUUCUCUGUGGGGGCCAGCACCCCAGUGUGCUAGGAAUGCUGCUUGGAGGCCAUGAAUAAAGCAUUUG